AUAAUCAUUCUAAAAAUCUGAAUCAUUUGUUAUUGUAUUUUUUACAAUAAAAAUGCUCGUAAUUUAUAAGUAUCCAAUGGUGAUUGUGGCGCGAAACUCAAAGUGGGGAUUCAAAGUGCCGAAGUGAGUUCGUGCGUACUCGGAUAUCCUCGGACCCUUGGAUUUCUGCAAUAGGAAAUAAAGAAAGGAAGAGAAGCUCGGAGCGUCUCGCGAAAAAUCGUUAAAACGCGUGCUUGGUUUGUUGGCGUCGCGGCGUCUCAGUAUGAAUUAGUGAAUAUUACUUAAAAAGAAAAAAUAUUCUCUACGCACGUACUGGAAGUUCGUGUGUAUCUACAGCCAGGAACCUUGGAAAAAAGUCAUCAAGAUCUUGCAGAACAACAACAGAGAUUAUGGAAUGGACCAGAGAGAAGACUCUUGAUCUAUUACGAGAAUAUCAACAACGUCGUGUGCUUUGGGAUUGGAAUGCAAGAGGCUAUAGAGAUCGUACUAAAAGGAAACGAGCUAUACAAGAACUUGCUGAUGCCCUGGGUUGUAACACACUUGAAAUUGAGAAGAAAGUAACGAAUUUAAAAUGUCAAUAUUCGCGCGAAGUGCAUAAGAUACAAAAUAGCAAGGAUGCUGCAGCUGGACCAGAUGACGUUUAUGUUUCUAAAUGGUUCGCUUUCAAAGCUAUGCAAUUUCUUCAAUUUGGAACGAGACGUUAUAGUAAAAGAAAAAAGAAAGCUGAGGAACAGUCGAAGCUCCAAGAAGAAUAUAUCGUCAGUGAUAUAGAUCCAGAAAGCAUAACAUUCAUGCACUAUAAGGAUGAGGAAGAAGCAAUUGGCUUCACAACAGGUUCCCCAAAUGCAUCUUUGAGCGAAGAUGCUGAAGAAUCAUCCUUGUCAAGUUUGAAAGCUAUUCAGAGAUAUACCGAUUCUUUGACAGAGUAUUCAAACAAUCCAAUACAUGACGAGGAUAACUGUGAGGAUGAGUGUUCGCGUAAUCAGCGAGAACGUAAAAAAACGAAGGAAGAAUUUCUUAAGUUUGGUGAAAGCAUCGCAGUUCAGCUUGCAGAAAUUCCAGACUCUUAUUCGAGAUCAGUUGCUAAAUUGCGAAUCAACCAAAUCCUUUUCGAGGCUGAAAUUGGUGUAUACGCUCAGACACGCCGUUAAUACAUAAAAAUAUUAAAAAGACAAAUAUACUAGGACAUUAAAAUCUCGCAAUAUGAGUCCUACAAUAUGUACGAAGGUGUCUUAUUCUAAUAGAGAACAAAAAGAAUUGGAAAAUUGUAGGACCUAAUACUUGUAUUCGUAGUCAAUGCUUUCUCUUAAGGAGCAUCUUGAGUCCUCCUGUACCAUGUCUUAAAGAAUGUGUGUCUACAGUCUUAAGAUCAUGCUUUGUCUCAAGGACGGACUAUGGAUAUGGGUCUGAAGUAUGAUUUUUUUUUAAUAUGAAACCAAGUUUCACUGUGCCCAGUUAUAUUUUUCUUAAGGGAUCAUUACAGUGUAAAAUUUUCAAAACAUCGAUUUUUUUUUUUCAUUAUCUGAUAGUAUACACGGUUAUAAACAUUCUGUCCAAUUUUUAUGUCGAAAUUCGAAUUAAUUCGCUCGCUACAGCCUUUCUUAGAAGAAGACAUUGGACGGUCAGACCUGGCGCACUCCGAACUUUAAAC